GCCGCGACGGAAUCGAACACCGCCCGCGAUUCGAAUGGGCGGGGCGUGAAUAAUAAACGCUGACGACGAAUCGAAUCGACGGGAAUUAUAAAACAUAAAUUUUGGUGGAUGAAUCGAAUCGAGUUCCCUCCCCCCCCACCCACCACUGCUGCUGCCGUGUGACUGAAUUGGGGAGCGGUGGUGCAACGAUUAGCGCGCCGCGCCACCCGAGUUGAGAUCUCUCCCCCCCCCUCCCCACGGCGAACAACCAGCCCAAGUGUGGUUAGGAGACGACCUCUGAACCCGUCCCCCUGGACCUUCUCCUAGGUCGACUCGGCCUCAAAUGAGCACUCGGUGGGCGGUGCGCAAACGUCUCCGCUCGGGCGACAAAGGCGCUGGUCAGCUCCACACCCCCUCUCGCGGCGGCCCUGCAUAGGCGCUGCUCGCGAGCAGCACUUGCCCCGAGGAGUCUGUCACAGGCUAGCCGGGGGAUCUUUGUCUUUGUUCCGUGGCUGAACGCUCCCCCGUUACCCGGUUCCCGCUGGGGGCUGGGACCUGGGACCCGGUUCCUCGGGGGCCGGGGCUCGGGAGAGAGCGGAGGCGGCGGCGGCGGCGGCGGCUUCCUUUGGAGGGAAGAGCCCUGAAAAUUGGAUUGCUGAACAACCACAUAGUCCCUCUUGGCACCACUGUGACCCAGAAGCCUAAUCCUGAAGCCUGACCGUACAUCUGAAACCUUCCUCAUUUGCCGCACACGUCAUGCACGAGAGAUUUAAAAAUAAAAUCCGAACGUAAUUUUUUUAUAUAUAUAAAAAAAAGUUGCCGUCAGAGCUUCAGCGACGAGGAGCUCACACAUUGGAUGGAUGCGUCUGCUCCGAUACUGAUGAGUGCGACAGAGGGCCUGCGAUGGGCGGCCAGGGCGCAACAUAGCGAUUGCUCGCGUGGGCCUGCCCUGCACGCACAUCCCUAGCCCAGAGACCUCCCAGCGCCAACUCGGGGUCGCAGUAUAAACGACGACACGUGCUGCACAGCACCAGCACAUGAUCCCAAAGUGUUUUUUACUUAAAUUCUCAGAAACGUCCGUGGCUGAACGAAACGUCAAUUUACUUGCGCAGAGUAUACACUUAUUUACAUCAGUCUGCCGACUUCAAAUUGCAGUUGCCCCUUGUUCACGACACUUAACCUAAAAAAAUCCCCAGAAAACACCCCCUGCAAAAAGAACCACCGACCAUCACUACCACCAUCAGAACUCCGAUCGCUUCACCAGCACCGUCACCCCCACGCGUCUGUCGGUGGUCUUGGCUCGCUGGCUCGGCGUCUCGCGCAUGGUGACGCAGACCGUGACCUCCCUCGCGCUGCCGCUUCCUCCUUGCACCGGCCCCACCGUGCCCUCCGCCGCAUCCUGGCCGUCGCGUGCCCCUCGCGUGCCGACGCGGUCAUGGAGGCCUUGUGUCUGGAGGAGCCCCUGGACUUGAAGCUGGGCACCGGGAGAGCAGCGUUAGCAGUGACGGGGGCCGGCGAUGACUGCGGACGUCGCUCUCUGUCCAAGAGCCGAGCGGCGGUGGCGGCGGCCGCUCAGCAAUAUUACGCAGCGCGUGAGCGCGGAGGGCUUGUGCUCAAGAUGGCAGACGACGGGACGGCCCUCAUCACCUCCUUGCCCACGUUCACCUCCACAGAUCUGCUGGAGCAGGCCCAGGAGGAGAGACUGGGCCUGGACGAGUCCACAAGCCUGGGCAUCGCUUUGCACCGCGCCGCUCUGCUCGCCAAAAAGGAAGCAAACAUGAGGUGGGAUAGCCUGGUUCUGCCGCUGGGCCCGGAUGACACAGAUUUCACGGGGCCGCUGACUUGCCAUUGGAAGCGAUGCCAGCAGGUGUUCGACUCGCAGCAGGAGCUGGUGGAGCACGUGCACGACGCUCACGUGCGCGCCGAUCGCGAGGUCGGAUACUGCUGCCACUGGGAGGGCUGCGCGCGCAUGGGGAGGGGAUUCAACGCGAGGUACAAGAUGCUGAUCCACGUGCGCACGCACACCAACGAGAAGCCGCACCAGUGCCCGAUCUGCAACAAGAGUUUCUCGCGCCUCGAAAAUCUCAAGAUCCACGGCCGCUCACACACGGGUGAGAAACCGUACGCGUGCCCAUACCAGGGCUGCAGCAAGCGCUACUCCAACUCUAGCGACCGCUUCAAGCACACGCGCACGCACUACGUGGACAAGCCGUACGCCUGCAAGACGCCUGGGUGCCUCAAGCGCUACACAGACCCCAGCUCGCUGCGCAAGCACGUCAAGGCACACGGCCACCAGCACGGGCCGCCGCCCGACGCUCCGAUCUCCUCCGGCUGCCCCCUCUCCUCCUCGUCCUCCUCGUCCUCCACCACCCUCCCCUCGCCGCCCCCGGUGCUGCUGCCGGGCUCGCCGCUGACGCUGCCGCUGGAUCUGAGCGCCGUCGCGGCGCCGUUCGCUCUCGGCUCGCCCGUGGUCAACCUGAGCAAGGCGGCCAUCAUGGCGUCGCUGCUGUCCGCGAUCACGCUGGUGCCGCCCACGCUGCUGCCGACGCCGUCCUCCUGCUCCUUCUCGUCCUCGUUAUCUCCCGAUGGUGCGACCCCCACGCUGGAGGCACAGUCGCCUACGCGGACUUACCCGCUCGUCGCCCCGUGCCUCGGCAGCAAGACGUCGCUCUCGUCUUUGGGACGGGGUCUCGGAAGUAUUGGUGGCGGCGGCGGAGCUUUCAGCCGGGCGGCCGGAGUUUUGGACGCCGACUUCCUGCUGGGCUCGCCGAUGGCCGGCGGGCUGCUGGCCGGGCUCGGGGGCCUGCCCAGGCUCUCGACGGAGGCGGUGGCGGCGCAGCCGCUGCCGUCCCCACCGCCUGCGUGGCUGCUCAUCUCCCCCGGGCCACUGCUGAUGAGGCCCACAGCCAUCCACACAGAGUGACCACUGCCGCCACCGCCGCCGCCGCCGCCACACCCAUGACGCCGUAUGCUGCCGUAACGCGAUUUUAAAGGAAGACGCCACAACCCAAUAGAACAACGUCGGCAUCGUCAUCUUCACCACGUAAUAUUUAUACCGCACCUCCCAUGCAGUACGUGUCGAUGCGCUCUGUGGCAGAAUGCAGUUCUAGUCUGUGAGUGGACAUGAGUCUGCCAGGAGCGGGUGAUGUUGCUUUGUUGUUUCCAAAUUAAGUAAUUUACGAGUCAUUUGUCAAUUUUGGCAAAUUUGGACCAAGACGCUGGCACACAAGGCCUACUCCUCUCUUUCAUAGUUCGUCACGUCAUCUUUAAUGUCCGCUGUGAAUCAGACGGCACUUAUCUUUUUUGGUAUUACACCCACAGUAUUAACUAUGGCGGUCACUGGCCCUCGGACCUGCGAACCUUUGCAACAAGCGGCAAAUGCGCUACCGCCUGCUCGUGCUGGGUGUUCCAUUCAUACGUUCCCUGAAAAACACUUAUUACAUCUUUUUUACGCUCGCCUCUCUAAAAUAUCGCUUUUACAAUAUUCAAUCACCUGUUGAGAAGAAGAAGAAGAACGGGUGGUCAUUAGAAAUCAGUGGGGUAUCUAUAAAAGGGAUCGCCCUGUAUUUCAAUCGAGGCUGGCAACAGGGCGAAGCGGUUGCGGAAGAGCUCCAGUAGAUGGGACCCAAGGUCCCUGGGCUGAAUUGAGAAUCUCUGCAUCACUUCCAGGGCUGGUAGCGGUUCCUGAGCGCCCCUGGGGGCUUCUCUCAACAGGCAAUUCAUACCGUGCCAAGUGCUGUUUACAUCUAUAAGUUAUGAACCGACCGCUGCGUUGUCCCGCCUGGCUGUCCGAUGAGACGGUACGAGUGGGAAGCUUCGUCGAUGCGAAAAUACAUUCAAAUAAUGGCCAGGCACUCCGCCUCGGCGCUCGAGUGACCUUUUUUGCUACGUUGCCGCAUGUUACAUGGUUUGGCGAUGUCGCAGCGACGUCUACCCGAGUGCUGUGGUCACGUGCCGAACCGUAACUUUAAAGUCCGUUUUCUCGUGAACGAAGCUUCAAGCUCGUGAUGGACAGCCAGAGAAGCACGGCCGUGGCGUGUGAUGCGUCUACACGACGAGGUGGUUGUUUUUUUUGGGUUACGCCUUAUUGUUUUUAUGGAGUUGGUGUUGUAGCGUUCUUUGGCCACUUAAUGCACGGAUUCACGGGGAAGGGAGGGAGGUUUCUCUCCUGCAAUAAACGGGCGCGCGCACUCGCUCCAGCACACACGCACACGUACACACCCGCGUGCAAGGGCACCCGCCGCGUAUACACCCUCGCCUUCCCUUUUUACUCACGUGCUGUACCAGAGGGACGCUUUUUUUCAACGACGUAUGCAUUUGCAUACAUACCUUAGAAGCACUUGUGUGCAUAAUAAUGUAAUUAUGCAUACGCAACGUAUAAAUAUAAGCGGGCCGUAAACUGUUGCUGCUCCGGUGACAACACUUCCGUAGCAUUCGAAUUGAUCUCUCUUUUCUUGACAGAAAAAAACUUACUCGUGCCAUUAGGCCACCUGCAAGCCUUGACAACUGCCGGCCGUUAAUGAAGGCCUGCCAGGCAAAGUGUCAUAUCCUUAUUUUCGCCGGCGAAACAAAGACAUUUUACAAAUCUUACAAUUACACCACAGUGUGGAUGUAACGAUGAAUCCAUUUGUCGAUUCAUAUCGAUUAGUGUUUACGAUUCAUUGCAGUUGAUUUGCUUGUGUCACAUUUCACUGAACGGAGUACAAUGUAAAUGUGUAAAUGAGGCGGAAAAACUAAUUUAAACAGCACAAACAAGAACGUUAAAAUGAGACGAAAAAUAAUCGAUUCCUGAUUCAAACGGUGGAUUUUCUUGUCUUGAGAAUUAACCGAGUUGCUGGGGGGGAGGGGAGGGGGUCAAUCGUCAAAUGCAUAAAAUUGGCAGCAGUACCCGGCUGUAACAAUUCCGGUUCAUAAUGCCAUCCUGUUGUGUUGUCGGCUCGGAUCAGAUAUCCCGUCAACUAUUGGACGAAGCUAAUUCACCGUCGUAAUUAAUUGGCUGUGCUGCCCCCCAGCACAGGCUGCUGGGUUAGACGCUCCCAGUCUCUACCCUCUGGCGCUGCGGGAGGCGAUCGAGCGAUGCGAAUCUGCGCUUUACGAGAAAUAACCACAGGGAAAAGGCGCAUCAUCCAUCCGUUUCGUAAGGUAACCGAACGUUUGAUCAAAUAUUAACUUCUGUUUUUUUAUUUCAUUGGUCAUGAGAAAACCAUUUCUGAUAUUCCUAAUGCGCCACAUAAUGAAGCACUGCCAUGCACCGUUCAUAAACUUCAGUAUUUUUCAGACAAGCUUUACUUAUAAGCGCUGCUGGAUUCGUGUUCGAUGGAUUGAUUUAAAAGUCUGAAUGAUUUAUUUUUACACUUCCAUUCAUUCCUCAAUUCUAAAUUGAAGAAUGAACAAACACCCGAGGCCUUUAAACGCUUUUCGUUGACGACGGCUGCCGGGUUCACUGUGAACCCGCGUGAGCUGAACUAACCGGUGCGCGCCGAGCGAUCGUGAUCCGGCUUCCUGCUCGACCCCCCCCCCCCCCCCCCCCCCCCCCCCACAUGGUUCUCGUCUUUGGGGGGCUUGCGUUGGGAGGACCAGGACGGGCGCAGAUGCUCACACCGGCUUGAGCCGUACCUUGCCAAGGUAUCGGCUUGGGGUGGGGAGGGGGGGGGGGGUGCCCUGUGAUUGGGUUUACGACUACGUUAGGGUUCACGUCACGGGAUUGUGGACACCCGGAUAGAAAUGACGGGCAGACUCGCAAAUCGGCGGAGAGUUUUGUGUUCUCUCGCAACUGCUCUGCCCACUCCAUCUCUGUCCUUUCUCUGUCCCCUGUGCCAGGGUUCUUCAAUUGGUGGCCCACGGGCCAUUGUUGGCAUAUUGAAGGCUCUUGCAGUGGCCUGCCGAGUAAUGGCCCGUUGUGGCUUACCGAGACGUAAAGAGAUUCAGAUGGGUGAGAUGAAAGAGCGAGAAACGAAGAGAAAUAUAUGACACAGCUGGGAAACAAAGCAGUACAUUAGCGGUCACGUAUUCAUACAGUAGGAUGUCAUAUCUCACGUGGCCUGCCAGUGCAUGCUAAUUUUAUUGUGGUCCUCUGGCACAUAUAUUUGAAGAACCCUGUCCUACGCUGUCACCGCUCUCUCUGCCUUCUCUCUCAAUGCCCCCCUUGUACAGUCUUCAAUGUCUGCUGCACCGAUUUGGCUGUUCGAAAAUCUUCUCUCCAUCAUGUCCGACCCGUGUCUUCCUCACCCUCAUGCUCACGCCGCUCACCGAACACUCGCUCCACGCUCAUUCUGCGCUCGCUCACUCAACAUUCGCCCCACGCUCACCCCACGGUCGUUUCACCUCUUCGCUCACCCCACAAUCAUCCCAUGCUUAACCCUGCUUUCGCCCCACGUUUCUCACCACGCUUACCCUCGUGCUCACCCGCGUACUCGCCCCUAGGCUCGGCACACGUGGACGUAGCGCCAGCGUGUGCUCUCGCUCACGCUGGCGCUGAAUUCCAAAUGUUUAACUUUGCACUUUCUUAGGUUUGAAUUCACGUUCCGGUGGCUCGUGACGUUCGAUUUCACAACGCACGUUUAGUUCCCGUAGUUUACAUGAACAUUUUUUUCUUCCCAUGGUGCAUUUGCACCAUUGACGUGUUGCUACAGCGCAACGUGUGUAUUAAGGUUUCACCUCACUUAAGCGUUAUUCUUUAGAGUUGGUAGCAUGCAUCGGCUUGCUUCGUGGUACGUAGUGCAUAUUAAGAUGUUUUUCGGGGGGGGGGGGAUCAUUCCAUAGCCGAGUUAAAGCCGCAAUGAGCAAUUAACUACCCAUGAUUACCGUCGACUAAAAGAAUACGCAUGAAAGGCCCUUGUUUCAAACUAUAUACGAACCCUGAGGACACUGUGUGGCUGACAUUCCAUGUUGUUUUAAUCGGCCAGUCUUGGAUCUGCUAGGCAAAAGACCUCUCAAUGGGUUCUCACUAGGCAUGCAACGAUGCAUCGAUUUUUAAUCGAUUCUUACGCUUUCGAUACGUGUGCAUGCGGUGAAUCGUGUUUGCGUGAAUCGAUCGUUUAAAUUUAAUGCAAAUGAUGCGGCGGUGUCAUUUUAGGCUAAUGGAGCAAACACAUCUGUGCAAAUGAGAAGGCAGAGAGGCCGAGAAACAAUGCAAUUAAGAUCAUAUAAAAAUAUGGAAAAUUAUCUGUUAUUGAAUCGAAUCGCAAUUCCCAAUCAUGACAAAUAAUUGAAUCGCUGGGGAGUGGUGAAUCGAUGCAUGCCUAAGUUCUCACCCUCGUGAAUAGCAUCCUCAUUUCACGAUGCCCGCGUCUAAGACCACUGAGUUCACGAGGCUUUGUCAUUUCUGAACGCCAAGACCACUGUCCCUGCAGAUGCAGAGCAAAAUAUGUGAUUAAAGCACAACUGGUCAUCUACCAAGAAAAUCAACUUCGGCACUACCGGCCCUAAUCAAAAGCCCAAACAUAACUACAGCCUGUAAUUCUAAAUCCUAGCCCUCAACUUUUAUUCUAACCCCUAACUCUUUAUCCUUAACCCCAAACCCUUAACUCUGAAGUUCUAACCUCCUCAACCCUCAUACUCUUUGGUUCUUUUGGUAAAAUACUAACCCCAACCCUAUUCCCUAACCAUUAACUCAAUCAAACCCUACAACCCUAACCCCUUAACACUACACAAUAACUGAAGAAAUGGUGUCCCCUAAUAUUUCAUAAACUGAAAUCAAAGGAAGGCCCUUGAAAGGAUACAAAUCUGAAGUGACAGUCGUCACUUGCUGUUGUAGGGGGGUCUGGCUCCUGACAACUUUGCCGUCGUCACACCCUUUCACCCACUGUCGCCAACUUAGCGAUGUUGUCGCUUAAUUUUGGUGGCUUUCUUGACUUCUCGUGCGACAACUUUUUUUUAUAGCAGCGGGCUUUAGCGGCAAACCGAGUGUGACUGAGACGAAGACUUUUUACUCGUGCAGAUUUAGGAGUGGUUUCAGGUCUGAUUUAAGGAACCCGUAUCAGCUGACUGUGUGUAAUACGUGUCUUAUAACAUUUUAGACGACUUCAGAAGGUCCAUCUGUUAGCGACGUUUUGCGACUUAAUGAGGUCCGUUUUGGAGACAUUCCACAUUGAGCAGCAGUUUGCAACUUUGCCAUUUCUCCCGCGAGACCCCCUACCGUUGUCACGGAUGUCGCAUAUUGCGGUCAACUACUCCCAUCUACUAACCGAGCAAAUGUUACACAAAUAACACCUACAGUAGUGUUUUUUUAAUAUAUAUCGUGCAUAUUGAACAGACUACAUAUUUUCCGUGGCUUACACACCAUGUACGUUGGUUUUGAAAAAUGCACUGUAAGGCUCGGUGAGGGACACUCAGCGCAUUCUGAUUAGCAAUGGACAGCAGCAAAGAAGACUGCCCAACGUCAGACACCCAUAUUUCAUAUAAAUUGUAAUCGUGAGUGUUAUUGCUGUGCUUGUUCUACAUGGUGUCCCCGUAAUUAUGUACCACGACAGUGGUGAAACUCCGGCAUUCGUAUUCACCGCCCACCUCCCCAACGGUUGUGUUUCCUUUGAUCGUCGCGAUUCACGCUCGCGUUUCGAAUCAAGAAUUGAUCACCUUGUUUUUUUUUUUUACAUUGUGGUGAAGGUAGCAGCCACCAGUGGCCGCAAUGGCCACGUGAGCCCAUUUCGCACAACGACGAAUCGAAAUAACGUUGGACGCUUGUGUCGCCGCCCUUCAUAAGGGCGAGAGAUUUAAAUCGAUGGGUCGAUGCCGGGCUACGCCUCCGGUGCCCUUUAAUUAUGAACAGAUAUCUGUCGGAGUAAAAUGUGCACUUUGUAUACAGCAUGUCAUAACAAUGAACAAUUGGUACGCUCUGCAAAGUUGUGCGAAUGCAUUCCAAAUCGCUCAACCAGCCCAUUGUGACGUCAUCGCGUUCAACCAGACUAAACAAUUCCACCUUCCAGCCACCGCCACGAGGGGGCAGGCAGCCAGUGGCUAUCUGAACGGCUUCCAUGUUGGGCCGCACGCGGUCACGUGUUGUGUGCAAUGGGGUGUGUUGACCGUAGUCACCCAUCGCUUUGUUAAUCCUGGUCUUGAGGCAUCCUGGCCUUGAGGUAUCCUGGCCUUGAAGCACCCUGGCUAGCUGGGGGGGGGUCUAUGUACGAGUGUAACCACCGCAUUGUAGUGCAAAUGUCAAACGGGCAGAUCCGAGUCCCAGGGCUUCCUGCCGCAACUGAGAGGAGCGUUGCGAGCCGGUUGGUGACGCGCCCCAACACUGAGUCAGCCACAGUCGUUGGGAGAAUCACUCCGAGCCAUGGGGCAAUGAGCCGCUGCUUGUACGACGAUUGAGGGGCUUUAAUACAUUGCCCAAGGCAUGCAGCUUUGCACUGAAAGUGGUGGCAGUCAAGGGAAAACUCGGUAAUGGAGAGAUGGGUACGUAGCUAUGGAACGCGGUUUUCCCCCCCUUCACCGCUAGCAGUAGGGGGGUGUAAUGAUGCAUCAAUUCAUAGAUUAAUAUCAACACUUCAGCUCACGGCAUAUGCGAGGAUUGCGCGUGUCAGCAUUGAUUUCCAAAUUGCAUGCGACGGGUGUGUAUAUGAAGAGGGGGACUUAAGCAAAGUAAUCUUGCACGCCAUGGUUUCAGCGAAACAGAGAGGGUGACCCAAGAUCUGAAAACGUAAUUCGGCACAACACCUGACAAAGGCCACGCAGAACAGCUCGAAGUGGACCGAUCUCACAGCUGAGGUACUAUCAGUGGCACCCGCAGUGACCGUUGCGGUUAAAGGAGAGGUGACGAUGACCUGUGCGUAAUACAUUCACUAACAAUGUAAACAAAAAUCGACUCCUCAAUCGAAUCGCAACAAUCGAAUCUCAAGGGGAGCGAAUAGUUACGGGCCCCUAGUUAUGGCAAGAAUUGGGCGGUUCCCGUUGCGUUUUGGUACUGCAACGUGUGAUCGCGCAACUCGAUUCGAGUACAGCCAGCAAGUAGGGCCUCACAUCGCGACUAGCCCAGACUGGCCGCGAACCGCUGGUCUUGCCAAUCUUAAGUUUGUACGAAAGUGGCAACAACAACAGCAAAACAACGUUUUUCACCUCGAUAUUUUGCGUGAAUUAUCGCCUCGAGCAGAACUUUUGCUUCAGCCGAGCCUCGCCAAACUGCUGCUAUUGGCGGAACGGUGGAGUGGCUGCGUUGCGUUUGUGACGCAAACGAAAAUGACGCCGUACGCCAUCGUUUUUGAACAGCGUGGCUUUGCAGGCCUGUGGAGGGGGGGGGGGAGAUUUAUGCUUUGCCAACCCUCUGUCCAAGGUGGCUCGUGAGUAGAGCGAGCGAUUUGGAAGGUUUGCGAGUUAACACCCUGCUUUUGGGGUUGAUUCGUCCCAUCAGCCCUCUGGCAUCGUUCAAAUGAGUGCAGCUUUGUGGGGAAAGUCAACAGUGGUUGUCCUAUGGAUAGAACGUGGAAUUUCUGACACUGGCUCAGGACUGUAAACAGCAUGAUGUACCGCGCACCGAUUUCUGAAGCCGAUUAUAUCGAUAUGUACGUGUUUUUUUAUGAAAAAAUGUUGACAAAAGUUUUGCUUUGAAAAUCGUUACACGGUGGAAAGGGUUUCAAAGUCUUAAGCCUGCUGCUAACGUGUGGGUAGGGUUGGCAAGUGUGGAGUUGUGGUUGUGAUAUUGCGACACUCGCAGAGUUAUGCUGCACUUGUUGUUACGUUUUAUUGUUACAAAAGGUUUGUGUACGGUGAGAAUUACCAUUGUGGAAAACGUGUUUGAAAUGAGCUGUUUAAGGAGAUGACAUUUAACUUUUUGGAGGAUUAGCAUGGACGAGAGAGACUUUAAAAAAAAUGCUGGGGCUAGUGUUUAAAUAACACAGUGAUGUAGUUUUAUUUUAAAGUUUAAAUAUUAAAACAAAUAAUUGAAGGGGGGGGGGAGGGAUGUGCUGAGACUUUUUAAAAAUAAUGUUAAUGGUUAUAAAAAGGGGGGCCUCCUUAUAAAUGAGCUGCAUGCGGCUCAAUGGAACUGCCCUGUACAGAGGUAUGACAUUAGAAUGUCAGUGUGGUGUAUGAAUGCUGUGCGCAGACAUGAAGAGGUGAAAGAAGGCCCUUCUGGUCUUGGCCUAUGAACGGUUGCGAACUGGGACCCUAGCAAAAGUGAAAGAUGACAUUCCAUGGGAUGGCUGCAUAGCCUGAGCCUAACUGCCACAUCCAAUUACUGAACCAUCUCUACAGAAUCGAGAUGUAUUUGGUUGAAGCCCAGAGUAGGUGCUAAGAGUGAAACGAUUGUCAUGUGUGGUGAGUUUGACGGUCUUGGCUCCUUCACCAACGGCCACACGAAACAUCCCAGCUACAAUAAAUCGGUGUUUGCACUUUGCUCGAAAUUA